GCCUGGCUUGGAUCCGUGCCAUCAAUCUCUUGCAGAAUCACAGACACAGAAGGAGCCAAGCAAAGCAUGAUCACAAACUUGCUGCUCUACAGACGACGAGCGCAGGGAGGCAGCUCCAGCCAGACAUCAGCGCCGGGGAAUCGGUGGAUUUAAUAACCCGGCGAGAGGAGCGAGGGGCCGGCCACCAUCCGCCUGGAGCACCGCGCUCGGCCGGGCUGCUGCAGCUGCAGGGCGUGUGGACGAGUCUGCGGGGACCAGAGCCAUUAUGGAUGCGGAGAGAUGCGGUGAUACAAUCAAAAUCAUCCCAUGAUCCUCUCUGGCCUCUCAUCCCUUUAUUAAGAACAUAGAGUUCAAGUCUGUUGGCUCACCAUGUCUGGCUCUACCCAGCCAGCUACACAAAGCAGGAGGGCUGCGGAAGCCCGAUACACUCCACAUGCUAUGUCGUACCCAAUACAGUUAUCGCGUGCACAUACGGAUGCCAGUCUUCUAGAGUAUCAGCACCAUCCACGAGAUUAUGGUUCACCUCUAGCCCACAGUUCAGUUCUUCUACCACAGAGGAGACGGCCAUCACUGCUAACAAAAUUUCAGCCUGGAAAUGAAAGGUCACCAGAACUGCUUGGAAGAGGAGACCCACAUAGUUAUGUGUCUGAUCUGAGCAAGCAAGCAGAUCUAGACAUUGCAGAAUCAAAGCGGCCCAGGCUGGAACUGCUACAAGAGCCACUUCUCAGACACUCCCCACAUAUCAACCAGAGCCAACAUGGAGCUGGGGACGAGCUGGGCAAGGAUCGCUGCCUAGCUGGAAAACUAGAGCCUGUGUCCCCUUCAAGUCCUCCUCACGCUGAUGGAGACCUGGAUCUGCUGCCUACAAGACUUUCCAAGGAGGAGCUGAUUCAGAACAUGGAUAGGGUGGACCGUGAGAUUACCAUGGUAGAACAGCAAAUCUCCAAGCUAAAGAAGAAACAGCAACAGUUAGAAGAAGAAGCAGCUAAACCAUUAGAACCUGAGAAACCCCUCUCACCUCCACCAACUGAAUCCAAGCACCGUAGCCUUGUCCAAAUUAUAUAUGAUGAGAACAGGAAAAAGGCGGAGGCAGCUCAUCGGAUUCUGGAGGGGCUGGGACCUCAUGUGGAACUGCCACUGUACAAUCAGCCAUCAGACACCAAGCAAUACCAUGAAAAUAUUAAAAUAAACCAGACUAUGCGUAAGAAGCUCAUUCUGUAUUUUAAAAGGAGGAAUCACGCCCGCAAGCAGUGGGAACAGAAACUUUGUCAGCGUUAUGACCAGUUGAUGGAAGCCUGGGAGAAAAAAGUGGAGCGUAUUGAAAAUAAUCCACGCCGAAGAGCAAAGGAGAGCAAGAUAAGGGAUUACUAUGAGAAGCAGUUUCCUGAGAUCCGCAAGCAGAGGGAGCUUCAAGAACGCAUGCAGAGGGUAGGACAAAGGGGAAGCGGUCUGUCCUUAUCUGCUGCACGCAGUGAGCAUGAAGUGUCAGAAAUCAUUGACGGCCUCUCUGAGCAGGAGAACCUGGAGAGGCAGAUGCGUCAGCUGGCAGUUAUUCCUCCCAUGCUGUUUGAUGCAGAGCAGCAGCGUAUUAAGUUCAUUAAUAUGAAUGCCGAUCUGGAUGACCCCAUGAAGGUGUACAAGGAGCGACAGGUCAUGAAUGUGGAGUCGAAACAAGAGAAGGAUACCUUCCGGGAGAGUAAAUUUAUCCAGCAACCAAAGAACUUUGUGUUCAUUGCUUCAUUCUUGGAAAGAAAGACCGUGUCCGAUUGUGUUCUUUUCUAUUACCUGACCAAAAAGAAUGAGAAUUACAAAAGCCUGGUAAGAAGAAAUUAUCGACGAAAGGGAAAAGGCCAGCAGCAGAUGCUCCGUAGUACCCAGGAAGAAAAAGAUGAAAAAGAGAGAGAGCCUGAAAAAGAAGAGUUUAAACAAGAUGUGGAAAAUGACAAAGAGGAGCUUGGGAAGGAGAAAAAUGAAGACACUUCUGGGGAAGAGAAUGAUGACAAAGAAGCAGUGACAUCAAAAGGGAGAAAAACUUUUAACAGCCAAGGGCGCCGCAAGGGACGGAUUACACGCUCCAUGGCAAAUGAGGCCAACGAGGAGGCCUCCACACCUCAGCAGAACUCUGAUUCAGGAGCCACAGAUGGAACAGAGGCAGUGACAACGCUGACAGAGAAGUCUGGAACAGCUAUGGAAAUGAAUGAAAGCUCGCGGUGGACUGAAGAGGAAAUGGAAACUGCUAAGAAAGGUUUGUUUGAAUAUGGCCGCAAUUGGUCUGCCAUUGCGAGAAUGGUGGGCUCCAAAACAGUGUCCCAGUGCAAGAACUUUUACUUCAACUACAAGAAGAGGCAGAACUUAGACAGCAUCCUACAGCAGCACAAACUGAAGAUGGAGAAGGAGCGCAACAACAGGCGCAAAAAGAAAAAAGCAGUGCAGAUGGAGGAAGAGGUCCAGUACACGCCUGCUGUAGAGGAUGAAGAGAUGGAGGCAUCAGGGAUUAGUGGUAAUGAAGAAGAAAUGGCAGAAGAAGGAGACACUGCAGUAAACAACAGCUCAGAUACAGAGAGUGUUCCAUCACCAAGACAGGAAGCCAAAGAGAGCAAAGACAAUGAAGCCAAGCCAAUAGGAACCUCGGUAGCGGAAACAAACAGUGAGCCGCCAGCUGAGCCUGGUAACUCAACUGUGCAGCAAUCUCAGGAAAUUACAGAAAGGACUAGUAAUGUGGAGGAACCCAAAGAAGAUCCAGAAGCUAGUACAGUCAAAAAGGAAGCGGAAGAUGAAGGAAGAUCAUGCAAAGAACCAACCAAAAGUGAAAUAAAGCAGGAAGAAGCAGAGGACUUUAAAGAGAAUGUUGCAGAAAAGAUCGAAGAACCACCAAAAGAGGCAUCAGAAGUGCCACAGAAAGUGGAAAAGAAGCAUAGCAAACAUGGGGGGAAGACAAAUGCAGACAGUGACUCUAGUGCCACCUGCAGUGCAGAUGAGGCAGAAGAGCUGGAUUCCACGGACAAGAACAGGCUGAUGUCUCCCCGGCCUAGUCUGCUAAAUACUGGCAGCGACACACGAGUCAACGCCUCGCCUCCAAAACCAAUGGACCUGAAACAACUGAAGCAGAGAGCAGCUUCCAUUCCACCCAUUAUCUCAGAAGGCUUCUCUGAGUCAGCUCCUCAAACUGCAUCCUUAAAACCUCACCACGCUUUGGCUCUUUAUCAAGAGCAGAUUACCAAGGUUCAUGAGUCAGCCCUGGAUGGACAAUUACCAACUAAGCCUCCUCAUUUAACAUCUGAGAAAGAGCCACAGACAAUCAGUAGCCCGAAAGGGAAAGCUGCAGAUAAAGAUGACAUGUCUGCAUAUAUGAUGUUACAAGUAGAAGGUCAGAGGUUAAGCGCAGAACAGGCUUGCCUUCCACCAUGGCCCCCUACAGCACAGUAUCAAGUGCCUGCCAGAGAAGUAUUAAAGCCCCUUCCACAACAUGAAGCAGCAUCCCCGUAUAACCCUCAAGGUCAUUCAAUGCCAUUAAACCUGCAUGAUGGAUCACGAUCACUUGCUCCUCGUAUUAACAACAUAUCAAACCCACCUCCCCUCAUCUCCUCUAGCAAACAUCCAGCUGCUGUCGAAAGACCCAUGGGCUCCAUAUCUCAGGGUGUCCCCAUCCCACUUCAUACUCCAUACAGCUCUGAACAUGCAAAAGUCCCUGUUGGGUCUAUCACAAUGGGUUUACCAAUGAGUAUGGACCCUAAAAAACUGGUGCCUUUCUUAGCUGUUAAACAAGAACAGCUCUCUCCCAAGAGCCAGCCGAGCCAGCCUGAGAACCUAGUGAUGCAGACCACCCAAGAGAGCUCCAUUUUUAGGGGAACAGCUCAUGGAGGAAGUCUCACUAAAGGUUUGCCAAACAGUCGACCUCCUCCAGAUCCUCAAAUAACAUACAGAGGGUCCAUAACACAUGGCACUCCAGCAGACGUACUGUACAAAGGAACCAUUUCGAAGAUCAUGGGAGAACACAGUCCUGGCAGGGUAGACCGAAUGCGGGAGGAACCGCUGUCCAAAGGUCAGGUCAUUUAUAAAGGCAAGAAAGGCCACAUCCUGUCCCUCGAUGGCAGUUCACCUGCUCCAAACUCCAAAGACGAUAUUCGGACUGUUGGGUCCUCUCAAGAGGCAACUGCUCCCAAACGCACUUAUGACAUGAUGGAAGGGCAGAUGUCAAGAAGUUUACAAGUUCGGGACAUACAAACAGCCUCUAUAGAAGGUUUAAUGGGAAGAGCAAUUCCUGGUGACAGACAUAGUCCACAUGGCAUGAAGGAACCACCACAGCAUAUACGAGGCUCUAUCACACAGGGGAUCCCACGUGCCUACAUUGAGGCUCAAGAAGACUACCUCAGGAGAGAAGCCAAGCAGCUAAAGAGAGAAAGCACUCCACCACGAAGCCUAUCUGACGCCUACAAGGUUCGGACACAUGAGGGUCUUUCAGGCCCACUCAAGCUAAAGACACAUGAGGAAGUGGUGGCAACAGUAAAAGAAGUUGGUAGAUCUGUUCAUGAGAUUCCCAGGGAAGAAAUGAGACACAGCGGGGAGCUUCAAGUUAAUCCCCGACCACAUAAGGAAGGAUCAAUCACACAGGGUACGCCUUUGAAGUAUGACAGUGGUUCUUCAGUGAGUGCCAAGAAGCAUGAUGUGCGAUCCAUAAUUGGUAGCACAGGGAGACCUUACCACUCUUUGCACCCCAUGGAGGUCUUGCAAGACCCAAGGACUAUGGAACGAGUAUAUGAUGAGAUGAUGCUGAAAAGUAGACCUAGCUCUGGUUCAAUAACCAGAGGAGCUCCUGUAAUUGUUCCCGACCCUGGAAAGCCCAGACAUAGCCCACUCACUUAUGAGGAUCAUCAGUUGCCCCACGGAACAUCAUACAGUAGUCAUCUGAAUAGAGGGUCUCCUGUCACUACCAGAGAGUCUGCACAGCGGAGCCAUGAAGGCAGUAUUAGUUCUGGAAAACCAAUGACCCAGGAAAGGAAGAGCACCCCUAACCCUAGAGACAUGUCAAACUCCAAGUCGCCUCAUACAGCAGUCCCUGAACAUCUCCACGCCAUGUCACCCUAUGAGCAUUUAUUCCGUGGAGUCAGCCCAGCUGAGCUGUACAGGAGUCAUAUUCCCUUAGCAUUUGACCCUGCAGCUAUUUCCAGAGGAAUCCCACUUGAAGCAGCUGCUUACUACCUGCCUAGACAUUUGGCCCCAAAUCCAGCAUACCCCCACCUCUAUCCCCCAUACCUCAUCCGUGGAUACCCAGACACUGCUGCCAUGGAAAACCGCCAGACGAUCAUCAAUGACUACAUCACUUCGCAGCAUAUGCAUCACAAUCCGUCAACUGCCAUGGCACAGAGAGCUGAAAUGCUACGUGGGCUACAACCAAGGGACCCAGCCCUGGCUCUCAACUACACAGCAGGUCCUCGAAGAAUCAUAGACCUGUCUCAAGUGCCACAUCUGCCUGUCCUCAUACCUCAGUCUUCAGCAUCAUCCGCUGCCACAAUGGACCGCAUCACUUACAUCUCUGGAGGGCCACAAACUUUCAGCAACAGACUUAGUAGCUCCCCACUCUCCCCAGCAACAACCACACACAUGACCAAGCAGACCUCAUCAGCCUCAGAGCGAGAAAGAGAUAGGGAGAAAUCAGUGCUUACAACAACAGUGGAGCACGCUCCUAUAUGGAGACCAGGAACAGAGCAAAGUAGUGGACGCUUGUCAGCUCAGAAUCACGGCCACCAACAUUCCCCAGUAUCGCCACGAACACAUGAGAAUGUUCAGCAACGCCCCAGUGUUCUUCAAAACACUGGCAUGAAAAACCACAUGACGAGCUCUGAGAGUGGCACCCCUUCUGUAUUGCGAACGUCCUCCAACUCUUCACCCAUCCGGUCCUCGCAGUUGUCCACAUCCUCUCACCGCUCAGCAAAUGAACGAGAAAGCUUUCACUCUGCUGAAAAUACCUUGGUACAGAAGGAUAUUGCAAGGUCACGAGAAGCCAAACUUGAACGUUCAAGGACUGAAAACAUAUACAACUCCAAGCUGCCGUCAGCAGCCCUUGAACAGAUGUCACCCAUUAAGAACAUUGAGUCCAGGCCUCAUCCUUCAGCUGUGGCCAAUUCAGUUCAUCAGUAUAACAACGGACAGGGGAAAAGCCAACCUCACCAGCCCCUGGACCAGAGUGCAGUGCCAGCCAGUGAGCAGCACAAUAGAGACAAGACCCCAAAUAAACCCUUUUCCAUGCAGGAACAGGAGCUCCGAUCACUCGGUAAGACCACCAUGACCGCGGCCAACUUCAUAGACGCCAUUAUCAUGCGUCAAAUUUCUUGUGAUAACGGGAAGCGAGAAAGAGCCUCGCUAAAUAUCAACGCCAGUAGUGAUGGAUUUCCCACUGGGUACAGCCCUGACAGACGCGAUGCAGUUAGCCCUCUGAGUUCAUCACGCCUUUCUCAUGAGAAGCAGGUUCGAGUUGCCAUGCAAGACUCCGAAAAUGCCCGUCUGGAGCAUGACUCAAGACACAAACAAGUAUCUACAAAACAUGUAUCCGAAGGGCAUCUACGACAGAAAACAGAUGGUCAGCAAUCCCCAUGUCAUACUUCACAGGCUUCGUCACACCAGAAAAGUCAACGUGUGGUCACUUUGGCUCAGCAUAUCAGUGAGGUUAUUACACAGGACUAUACACGGAACCAUCCACAGCAGCUGCACUCUCAAAUUCCACCACAGAUUUAUUAUGCUGGAUGUCCAGUAUUAGAUCUAAGGCAGAACCCCAGCGAUACCGUCCAUCAGCAGCAGGAACACAGUCAGGCAGCAAGGAUAUCUCCUGGGAACAAUGCAGAGAAAAGAUCACCAGAUCAAAACAAAGCAUCUACGCUGAGUGGCUCAGAAGAUGGUAUCGACCCUAUUUCUCCACCAGAGGGCAUGGGACAACAAGAGUAUUCUAGAAGUUCCACAUAUACCACUUUAUAUAGAGAGGGAGAACAAACAGAACCAAGGAUGGGUUCGAAAUCUCCAGGGAACAAUGCACAACGCCCAGCGUUCUUCAGUAAGCUGACUGAGAGCACCUCUGCUAUGGUUAAAUCCAAGAAACAGGAGAUCAUUAAAAAACUUAGUACAACCAACAGGAAUGAGCCAGAGUAUAAUAUUGGACAGCCAGGAACAGAAAUUUUUAACAUGCCAGCUAUUACUGGAUCAGGACCAAUAGGCUGCAGAACACAGGCUGUGCAGGAGAGCUCCAGCAACAACAUAGGGUUGGAGGCCAUAAUUAGGAAGGCCCUAAUGGGUAAAUAUGAUGAGCAGUGGGACGAUCGCUCAGCACUCAAUACCAAUGCUUUUAACCCUCUGAAUGCCAAUGCAAGCCUGCCCUCUGCUAUUCCCAUAACUGCUGCUGAUGGACGGAAUGACGACAUGCGGUCCUUGCCAGGCAGUGGAGGGAAGCCCAAGAUUUCCAGACCGAGCUCCCGGAAGGUGAAGUCACCUGCGCCUGGACAGCCAUUAGCAGAAAGGCCUCCUUCUGCUUCAUCAGUUCACUCAGAGGGUGACUCGAACCGGAAAACCCCCUUAGCAAACAGACUAUGGGAAGAAAGGCCGUCUUCAACAGGGUCAACACCAUUUCCAUACAAUCCAUUAACAAUCAGGCUCCCUACCAAUCUUGUCGCUGCUCCAUCCACAACAGCCAUUCCACAGAGUAACUCCACCACCCCGCAGAGGGCACGUGAUGAAGAGCCUAAACCACUGCUGUGCUCCCAAUAUGAAACACUCUCCGACAGCGAGUGACAGCAUCCUUUAUGAAUAUUGAAACCGCCAGGGAAAGGAUCCCCGCAGCCAAUCCGAAUGCCUGUUAGCAACCAAUGUGAUAAAAAGACUGGGGAAAAGGAAAA